AUGGCGUGUGUCGCUAAGGGUACGUCCAGCAUCACUUUCAAUGACACCUACUCUUACGAACCUUUCUACCCGAUAUACCGAUGGGCGAACGAGCUGGAUACGACCUUGGUGACGAGGUUAACUUCGAUAUCGGGCAUCGAGACGCUACGAAAUAGCUACGAGAAUGCCGACAAGUUGAGCCUUUUGGAAGUGAACGGCACGGAGCUGCUGCUGAAGAUGACCUUGGAGAUGGAGAAGAACUUGCAGCGCAAGAAAAACGCUCUGAAGCGUUUGGUGAAAAAGGCGGAGGAGGCAGUGGUGAAGCACAAAUAUGCGUCCGAUCUCACGCGGGACGAGGUGGGCGCCGUCCUGAUGAAAGAACUCACGGAAAGCGACGGCACGCUGCGCUACAGCGAAAAGUUUCACCGCUUCGUGAACGAGACUUACUCUGGCGUUCACGUCCCGCUGGAGAUCUUCGACGAAGACGCCGAGGUACUGAACGGACUCAAGUGGUCGCAGGCCUUGGACGCAGCCUUUCGACAGAAUGCCGAGAAGGACCCGGAUCUCCUGUGGCAGUACUUCGGAAGCAAAGUCGGGUACAUGCGGAUGUUCCCAGCAAAUCGUUGGAAGGUCGCCCCUGGAAAGCCCGACCUGUUCGACGUCCGGAUGAGACCUUGGUUUAUAGACGGUUCCAGUUCACCGAAGGAUGUCAUCGUAUUGAUGGACACGAGCGGAAGCAUGCACGGGCCAUCCAUGGAGAUCAUGAAGUUGUCUGUCAAGUCGGUGUUGAAGACUUUUGAAGAAAACGAUUUCGUCAAUGUGGCUUCGUUCGCGGGCGAAGUUCGAUGGGUAUCCUGUUUCGACACGCUGGUUCAAGCCAACAGGCGCAACAAAAGGAUCCUCUCCAAGAGCAUUGAUCGGGUCACCGACGGUGGCACGGCCAGCCUGACACACGCACUGGACUUCGCCUUCCGCACGAUGGCUGAUUUCCAAGAGAACAAGACGGGCCACGCUGGUGCGGAAUGUAUUCAGAUGAUCAUGAUCUUCACGGAUGGAGGAACCGAGGACCCCACGCCUCUAAUUGAAAAGCUGAACGCUGAUCUCAAGAUUCGUAUCUUCACCUACGUGGUCGGUCCACACCCGAUACCGUACGCUACACUCAAGGCUCUCGCUUGCAAAAAUCGAGGUUACUUUACUGCCAUCACGUCGUUUGGUGCAAGCAGGUACAAAGUACAGGAAUACCUCAAGGUGCUCAGUCGGCCAAUGGUGCUCUCUGGGGACAAGCAAUUUACGUGGACAAACUUUUACCAAGACUCCGGGGGGAUAGGUCUGCUAACAACAGUCACACUGCCAGUCUACAACAAGACACAUGGAACGAAGGACCAAACCAUUGUAGGAGUGAUGGGCGUGGAUGUCUCACUCGAGGAACUCAAGGAUCAUGAACCUACGUACAAGGCACGUGCCGAGUAG